UUUAAAAAAAAUGGCAGUUGUCCUUUUUCGAAAAUUGUUUUUCAAAAUUCUUUUAAAAAAAAAUAAAAAAUAAUAUAAAAGAUGGUGUAUAUAUUUAUCAUAUUAUCGUGUCAAUUAUUUCUUUUAGUGAAUAGGUUUGUAUAUGGACAAUUUAUACCUGGGCUUCGAUUAGGUCAUACAGCAAAUACCGUUGGAAAUAAAAUAUAUUUUAUAGGAGGAUAUAAUUUUGCCAAAUCUAUUCCAACAAGUGAAAUUUUUUAUCUUAAUAAAGAAACAGAUACAUGGGAAGAAAUAAAAAGUCAAGGAAUAAAAUUACCAUUUAAAGUAGAACAUACAGCUAAUAUAGGAGGUAUUAAUCAAGAUAUAAUAUUUAUUAUGGGAGGAUUAAUAGGAGAUACAAAUUUUUUAUAUCAAUUUGAUACUAAAACAAAUAUAGUAAGUAUACCAAUAAUUCAAGGAAAAGUUCCAACAAGUCGUGCAUUUAUGAGUUCUGUUAAUUUUGAAGGAAAAAUUUUUGUAUUUAGUGGGCAAAAUUCUGAUGAUAUAUACUUUAAUAGUUUUGAUAUUUUGGAUACUAUUAAUUUAAGAUGGGAAAUUGGUAAUUUAAUUAACGCUCCUACUCCUAGAAGUAAACAUACCUCAACAUUAGUUAAUAAUGUUAUUUAUUACAUUGGUGGUAUGCAACUUAAUGGAAAUUACAUUUCAAUGAAUGAUAUUUAUCAAUAUGAUAUUGGCAAAAGUACAUGGUCUUUAAAGGUCUGAAUUUCAUGUGCUGAUCUUGCGUAUAACGUCUAAAAUUUAAACGUAAUGAUUUAAAUGUUUCUAGAAAGCUACAUUGGCUUUAGGAGAUGUACCAGGACCUAGAGGUGGUCAUUCGGCUGUAUUAGUUGAAGAUAAAAUUUGU